GGAGCCGCUGCGGGCGGCGGCGGCAUGGCGAUGGGCGAGGCGGAGGGCGGCUCGGCGGCGGGCGCUGUGGAGAAGCCGCCGCUCCCCGCGGCGGGCCCGGGGGCAGCCGCGGCGGUCGCUGCCGCCGUCGCAGCCGCGGCGCCGGAACCCGGAGCUCCGGCGGAGGAGGCGGUGGUGGUGUGGAGCCCCGAGGUGGAGGUUUGCCUCUUCCACGCCAUGCUGGGCCACAAGCCCGUAGGUGUGAAUCGCCAUUUCCACAUGAUCUGUAUCCGAGAUAAGUUCAGUCAGAAUAUUGGACGGCAGGUUUCUUCCAAAGUGAUUUGGGACCAUCUGAGCACCAUGUAUGAUAUGCAAGCUCUUCAUGAAUCUGAGAUUCUUCCGUUUCCUAACAUAGAGAAGAAUUUUGCUCUUCCUGAUGAAAUGAUUCAAGAAGUGAGGGAAGGAAAAGUAAUGAUUGAAGAAGAAGUGAAAGAGGAAAUAAAAGAAGAGAUGGAAACGCAUGCAGGUCCAGAAGAAGUUUUUGCACCCUCUGGAAGUUUAGGAAAAACAACUGAAAAGCCAAGCAACAAAGAGAAAGAGAAAACUUCAUCAGAUUCUGGGUCCAAGGAAGGAUCUGAUAAGAGGAAGCGCAACAGAGUCACUGAAAAGGUCUUAAACGCAAACAGUAAUCCUUCCAGUCCAAGUGCUGCAAAACGACGCAGAACAUAAAGCAAGCUGUGAAAGAGAAGUAAUAAACUGUGGAACGUGAGGAGGGAACAUUAAAAACGAGUAGCACAAUAGUCGCUACCUAAACUUUUUGAGAAAGGAAAAGAUACCUGAGCCAGGUAUUUGAAGAAUCUGCACAUUGGCUUUAUACAUGGGAGACUUUGUACGUCUUUCCUGAUGUGUUUUCUAGUGAGCACUGAGUAGUUGGGCGAUGGCUACCUUCUCAGGGCGUUGGGGGAGAAACCUGGCAGUGUUAAGAGUUUAUGCGUGUAUAACGGUUCCAGUGGUUGCGUUUCAAACAAGUAACACUCUCUGCGUCAACACAGUUGAUGAAACACGUGCUCAGUGAAACAUGGAGCCCCAGUUCAUGAAAAGCAUAGGUUAUUUUUUUACGUUUUGGAUCAUUUUUUCCCCCUUUGCUGCUGUCUUUAAAUAUUACAGACCCUCCAUGGGUGAUGUUGUUUGGCCAUUUUACUUACUGCAGGCAUAGCAUUUGUAUCAAAUGUCUGAAUUCAUUGGUUCAGUAAAACUAAAAUUCUUUUAAAUACAGGUCACUACUGAGUUGCAGUAUUGUUUCUCCCUGUUUGCCAGGGGAAUCUACUUUCACCCUUAGUGACAUAACAUUUUUUGAUCUUUACAUACCAUAAGUAAAAAAAUGAUAAUGCCCCUAGACAGAAUAAUUAGUAAGUGCCCUAAAUAAAAUAUCCAGUGAUGUCACAUGGUUUUGUAAGGGAUCAUCUGAGCUGUGCAUGAACCUGGAGCUGUUGCUUCAUCCAUUUGUAAUAUAGUAGUAUGUGACAGUGGGUUUUGUACGUUAUUAUUUAUUUUUUUUUAAAGCAUUUUUAGGAGAUGUUAAUGGAAUUCGUAUUCCAAAAUGUUAAUUUUGUUCUACAACUUGAGAAUCUUACUGACAUUGUAAUGCUUAUCUUUUAUAUGCUAGAAUAUUAAGAUUUGAUGAAGUUACUAUUUUGGUGUUGUGAAAAGAUGGCCUGCAGUCACCAAACACAUGGUGAAUGAAGUAGGCUGAAAUGUUACUGAAUUUGUUUCACCAUAUUAACUGUCAGUUAAUAAAAAUAAUUACUUCUUAAUCUGUCAGUAUUGCCUUCAAGGUGAGGAACUAGGAAUCUAGUUUUUUGCUUUUAUUCUAGGUACGUAGCCAAGUUCUUGUCUGCCUUACUUGCUUCACUUGUUUUAUACCAAGAAUAAAUUUGUUUUUAUUUUACUAAAUUAUAA